UAGAAAGAUCGCGAAAUUCACUCCUGACAUCAACUUUUUCUUCGUAAUCACAUUAACAUCACAUUUUCAUUCACUCUACAUCAAUCGACAUGAGCUCUACUCUCACUCCCGAAGUUUUGUGGGCCCAACGCGCCAACCUUGUUUAUGUCACUGUUAAUCUUGCCGACACUACACCAAACAUCAACUUAACCGAGGACAAGCUCGAGGUUACAGCCACAUCCGAUGGAAAGAGCUAUGCCACUGUGAUCGAAUUUAACAAGCCAAUCAACCCCGAGGCAUCUAAGACCAAUGCAAACCCUCGUAAUAUCUUUUUUACUUUGGCCAAGAAGGAGGAGAGCUGGUGGCCCCGUUUGAACAAGGGUCCGAAGCUCAACUUCGUCAAGACGGAUUUUGCUCGCUGGAAGGAUGAGGAUGACGAUGACGAGAAUGAUGAAGAUCAAAUGCGUAUGGGCGAUAUGGGCGAUAUGGGUGGAAUGGGUGGAAUGGGUGGAAUGGGCGGAAUGGGCGGAAUGGGCGGAAUGGGCGGAAUGGGCGGAAUGGAUCUUCAGAGCUUGAUGGCUCAGAUGGGUCAAAGUGGCCAAGGAGGUAUGGCUGAUUCUGACGACGAUCUAGAGGAUGAUGAAGAGGGUGUUCCCGCAUUGGAAUCGACCGAAGACAAGGAGGAGGAGAAGUAAACGGUUUCAAUUUUGCCAUCAGAUACUUUCAAAUAAAUGAAACUGCUUUACACAGUCGAACACUGC